CUCUUCUCCGACUCCAAACUUGUUCUUCCAAUACUCUCUGCUUUUUCCCUUUAUUUUUUUCUCUGAAACAGCAACAUUACAAUAGAGAGGAAAGAGAGAGGGUGAGAGAUAAUGGCAAUGGCGUUGCCUUCCAAGUGGGUUUGUGUUUGUGCGACUGUGCUUGUGGUGAUGUUCGUCGGAGUUGCAGCUACGGUUCGGAACGACGAGAUCUCUGGCCUUACCAGGAAUGUGGAAACAGAGAAAUCCCAGAGCUCCAACAACUCAUCGACGGCGGCGAGCGCUGCAGAAGUGACCGAGGGAUGGAAAAAUGAGCGUGCAGUUGAUGACCCUGAAGAGGUGGUUGCCAUGGUGGAAAUGAGCAUCCGCAACAGUACUGAAAGAAGGAAGCUUGGAUAUUUCUCAUGCGGUACUGGAAAUCCAAUUGAUGAUUGCUGGCGCUGUGACCCCAACUGGCAGAAAAACCGCAAGCGCCUUGCUGAAUGUGGAAUUGGUUUCGGCAGAAACGCCAUCGGAGGCCGCGAUGGUCGCUUCUAUGUUGUUACUGAUCCCAGUGAUGAUGACGCUGUCAAUCCAAAGCCUGGCACUUUGCGUCACGCUGUGAUCCAGGAUGAGCCCUUGUGGAUUGUUUUCAAAAGGGACAUGGUGAUUCAAUUGAAGCAGGAACUUAUCAUGAACAGCUUCAAGACUAUUGAUGGCCGUGGGGUCAAUGUCCACAUUGCUAAUGGAGGGUGCAUCACCAUCCAAUUUAUUACUAAUGUGAUCAUUCAUGGUCUCCACAUUCAUGACUGCAAGCCCACUGGUAAUGCGAUGGUUAGGAGCUCACCCAGUCACUUUGGGUGGAGGACAAUGGCAGAUGGUGAUGCCAUCUCUAUUUUUGGAUCUAGCCACAUAUGGAUUGACCAUAAUUCGCUCUCUCAUUGCGCUGAUGGCCUGGUUGAUGCUGUCAUGGGUUCAACAGCCAUUACCAUCUCCAACAACCACUUAACUCACCACAAUGAGGUGAUGCUAUUGGGUCACAGUGAUUCCUACACAAGAGACAAGCAAAUGCAAGUUACCAUAGCGUACAACCAUUUUGGAGAGGGACUCAUCCAGAGAAUGCCAAGGUGCAGACAUGGAUACUUCCAUGUAGUGAACAAUGAUUAUACACACUGGGAGAUGUAUGCCAUUGGUGGAAGUGCAAAUCCCACCAUCAAUAGCCAGGGCAACAGAUACAAUGCACCAGUCAACCCUUUUGCAAAGGAGGUGACAAAGAGGGUGGAGACAGCUGCAAGCCAAUGGAAGAGCUGGAAUUGGAGGUCGGAGGGUGACCUUUUGCUGAAUGGCGCUUAUUUUACUCCCUCUGGAGCUGGAGCUUCAGCUAGCUAUGCUCGUGCUUCAAGCUUGGGUGCCAAAUCUUCUACCAUGGUUGGAUCAAUGACUGCUAAUGCAGGCGCUCUUCCAUGCAGGAGGGGAAGCCGAUGCUAAUACACUUACUAAUCAAUUAAAUUUGGCCAAAUAGGCCAUCCAUUUAGUUUCUGCUAUCCUUUUUUUCCAAUUGUUUGAGCCGUUAUUUUUCUUUCCCGUCCUAUCUUCGUUACAAAUAUAUUUUGGCAAGUGUACAAUUUUUACACAUGCCAUUAUAUCGUUACAUCCAUAUUUCCCGCAUUCCAGUUUCUCUCUGUUUUUUCUCAACCUCGGCCUGCCUCCAUCGAAAAAAAAACCCAACCUCAUUCUUGUAGGAGCAGGCGCAGAAGAGUUGUUCAUUUCUUCCACUUCUUCUUCUUCUGCCCUUUUCAGUUGCCUGUUCCUUCUGACCACCAUUGAAGCGUCUUUCGAGUCUACAGUGUCAGUCAGUCUGUGUAGUCUAUAGGAUUUGAAUGAAUUUGUGUUCUUUUUAAUUUUGUUUAGUGAUACAAGCAAUAGCAUGGAUUUCAAGUUAUGGGAAAAAAAAAGUUAUAGACGAUGCAUAGAUCGAUGUAUCAGCGAUGCUCUUUACCUUAUUAAUUUUAUAUAUAUAUAUAUAAAUUUUUUUUUUCC